CAACAGGUAUGUUUCCCCUACCGGAUGUCGAGCACCUGCGACAAUAAAGGCGGCAGAAGAGUGCGCCAACUCCUCAGCUGAGCGUCAGGGCUGUCUCCUGGAACAAGAGCUUUGGGCCUUCAAUCUGCUUUUAUCUUUACUGUGGGACACACAAAAGACACCCUGGGUCCUCUCCGUGAAGGCACAGCAGAGCCGAUGGACCAGGUGACCAACCGGUCAGGGAUGGGAAGUGAUGAUGUUGCAGAUGAAACGGAAUCCCCGGACACCAAAUGGAGCUCUGAGGAGGAGAUCCUUGACCCUCAGGGUCAGCUUACUGCAGUCCCGCAGCCUCCUAUGUGGAGCUACAAACAGAGGUUGGAUGAAUUUAAGAAGCUGUUCAAAGAGCUGCCUGAAACAGAGAUCCUUAUAGUUGACUAUCCGUGCGCUCUCCAGAGGGACAUCCUCCUGCAGGGACGCCUCUACCUUUCAGAGAACUGGAUCUGUUUCUACAGCAAUGUGUUUCGAGGCACAAAGAUAAUACUGACUCUUAAAGACAUCAUAACCAUGAGCCGAGAGAAAACGGCUCGACUGAUCCCUAAUGCUAUCCAGAUCUGCACGAACACGGAGAAGUACUUCUUCACGUCUUUCUCGGCGAGGGAAAAAAGCUACCUGGGCGUCUUCCGGAUGUGGCAAAACACUCUGAUGGACAAGCCUCUGACCAGUUCAGAGUUGUGGCAGAUGGUUAAACAGCACUAUGGCCAGGAUCUUGGUCUGAGCCCUGAAGAGAUGGAAAGUUUACAGCUGUCAGCAGAAACGAGCAUGCAGACCAGUAUUUCACAGAAGUCUGCCACUGAUGAUGGCAUUGGGAAAUUGGAGCGCCCCCAUUCCCUUCGCCUUUCUGGAGUGGAGCUUGCACCUUUGCAGAGUUCCACACCUCAAGGAGAGGAAUUACCAUCACAAUUGAGCUCACCCAGCUCUAACAUGGAAGAGUCUCGUAAUUCCCCUAAUCAGCAGCGCAGUCCAGCUUUAUCCCUAAAGCGCCACGUCCCAGAGCGUCUCUCCAAAUGCUCCUCAAACUCUCUGGAUCUGAAUGCCAAUGAGAACUCUGCAGUGGACCAAAGUGGAUCGGAGAGCGUCGAAGAAGAGGAGCGGCUCAGCUUCUCCCAGGUUCCGGGUCGACUUUACCUAAACAAGGUUUUCCACAUCAGUGCUGCCAAAAUGUUUGAGCUGCUUUUCACAGACUCCGCCUUCACUCGCAGGUUUAAAGAUAUUCGUAAAAUAUCAAAUGCCAGUUCUACCCCCUGGCAGAAAGAGUCGUCUGGAAAUUUAAGGCGGACUCUGAACUACACCAUAACAAUCACCAAUCCUCUGGUUGGCAAGUCAUCCACUGCUACAGAAAACCAGACUCUUUACAAAGAGUCCAGGGAAGGUCAGUAUUACCUGGUGGACUCAGAGGUCUACACCCAUGACGUUCCCUAUCACGAUUACUUUUACACUCUAAACCGCUACUACAUUAUAAGUCACUCAAAGCGAAAGUGUCGACUCAGAGUCCACUCUGACGUGAAGUACAGGAAGCAGCCUUGGGGCUUGGUCAAGUCUUUCAUCACCAAAAACUCCUGGAGUGGUCUUGAAGAGUAUUUCAAGCAUUUGGAAGCAGAACUGCUGGAGGAGGAAGCGGAGUUGAACCAACCAAAUGGAGAGAUGGGGAUGAUGGGUGGACUCCGCAGACGGAGGAGAACCUACAGCCGGACUCUGCAGGAGCACAUGAAGCCCAACAAGCCGUAUGGACAAGAGUCUGAAUUACACAGAGAUGGCUCCACAGACAGAACAGACUCCUACAGACUGAAUACGACUAUGAUCGUUGCAGGCAUGAGUCUGAUUUUGCUGAUUCUGACUAUGCUGAAUUUUGGCUUGCUUUUGAAACUUUGGGCCAUGGAGGAUGUGGCUAACCGCAUGUACCUGACCACCAAACACCGACUUCGAGAAAGAAGUGAAGCCAGUUUUGCAUCUGAAUAUGGUUCUAAACUGGGACCAGGACACAGGAAUGAAGAAAUGAGCCUCCUGAAAACAGUACUGCAGGACUCCAUUAACCUUUUAGAACAGCUGCGUACUUCUUUGAUGAUGCUUCAACGCAGCUUUCCUCCGACCAACUUAACUGAGGCACCGCAGUAACAGUAAUACAGGAACACCUGAGGGGCCACAUUAGGACUGCUACUGUCCCUGGAGGAAGCGGAAGCUCCAAAGCAUCGAAGCGUCUCAAGAGAAAACUACUUGAAUCCUCAGGAUGCUGCCUUAUGUUGCCAGGGGUUACAGAUCAGGUGCCACAGCCUGGACUUACUAGGGUGCUGUUUUCACCUCCUGGCUACUCUGUUCUUUUAUAGCUUUUAAAAAUUUUACCUCACUAAAAUUUAAUAUAUGUUCAACAUAAAUUAUUGUAAAUAUAAUUCUUUUUAGGUUUUGGUUUUAGAAUUUAUAUUUAAAGUGAUCCUUUUGGGGCCUUUAAUUUUUUAUUUUUGCAUAAAGUUUGUGAGCAAAGGAGA